AUCGAAUCUUCUAGAGGUCUCUGUAAUACGCUUGAGCUCUAACGUGGGUUGUGUGUACAGACGCCAUCAUGUCAAAUAAGGAUCAGUGGAAUGAAAGCCAGCCUCGUACUCUCUAUGUGGGUAACCUGAAUCCAGCUGUGACGGAAGAAUUGAUCUUAGCUCUGUUUGGACAAAUUGGACCAGUUAAGGGAUGCAAGAUUAUUCAGGAGACUGGAAAUGACCCGUACUGCUUCGUGGAGUUCACCGACCACCAGGCGGCGGCGGCUGCUUUGUUGGCAAUGAACAAGAGGCACUGUUUAGGAAAGGAAAUGAAGGUGAACUGGGCCACGUCACCAGGAAACACGCCGAAACAGGAUACAAGCAAACACUACCAUAUAUUUGUUGGAGAUCUGAGUCCAGAAAUUGAGACAGCACAACUUAGAGAAGCCUUCACACCAUUUGGAGAAAUUUCAGAUUGCCGAGUUGUCAGAGAUCCUCAGACUCUCAAAUCAAAAGGUUACGGGUUUGUCUCCUUCGUUAAAAAAGCAGAUGCUGAAGUUGCUAUUUCCCAGAUGAAUGGCCAGUGGUUGGGAACCAGAGCUAUUCGAACAAACUGGGCUACCCGUAAAGUAUCUGCCAACAGAAGCCAGUUCGAAGGUACGUUGUGUACUAUUGACACAAACUGGGCCACCCGUAAAAUAUCUGCCAACAGAAGCCAGUUCCAAGGUAAUUCUCAAGCUCUUAGUUUUGAUGAGGUAUAUGCCCAGUCAAGUCCAACAAACUGUACCGUGUACUGUGGGGGCAUUAGCCAAGGACUUUCAGAUGAACUUAUCCAUAGGACUUUUAUAUCCUUUGGUCCUAUACAAGAAAUAAGAGUUUUUAAAGACAAAGGUUAUGCUUUUAUCAGGUAUGUGUACAUUUUUCUACACAAGAAAUAA